CACAAGAGUGCCUCAGAAGUCCACCCUCCCCUCAAGAAGACCACCUCCAAACCCACCACAGAACCGUUGCUGUCCGUCCUACAGCAUCCCCACCUUCACAGGCUCACAGAAACUCAUGGGGCCCUGUAGAGACAACUGAACAUCCAGAGUCCAGCUCCGCUGUCUGUCUCUAGCCUACCUGAGGAUUACACUCCAAAAACAAACAUCAUAGACUAGCCUGGCAUACUUCAGUUUGGUUCAAAUUGAUGCUGUGGACAUCAAGAGGACUGGCAAGAAGAACAGAAGUCAGCCUGGGGGAUAUUGUUGAGCCGAAAGUGAAAGGGAGCAGCACCCCAGCAUGCAGGUGAUAACUUGUGCGUUGUUUACGCUCGUCAGUCUCCCUGCCAGCAGCGGGUCGGAGGCUGACUCCUGCCCUACUGUCUGCGAGUGCUCGGAGUGGAAGACACACACAAUCUCCUGCUUUGACAUUGAUAUUCUCCCCAGGUUUCCAGCAAGCACGGAUACACUAUGGCUUUUUGAGACCCGCCUGUCAUCCUUGCCAGCAGACGCCUUUGCCAACAUGGUCAACAUCUCAAGGAUAUAUAUAUCAGUGGACGUGACGCUGCAGAGGCUGGAGAGGCACUCGUUCUACAGCCUGAGGAAAAUCACCCACAUUGAGAUACGUAAUGCAAAAAGUCUGACCUUCAUCGACCCAGAAGCCUUUAAAAAUCUUCCAAACCUCAAAUACCUGGGAAUUUUCAACACCGGCCUUUCUUUCUUCCCUGACUUGAGCAACAUCCACUCUAAUGACAUGAACUUCAUACUGGAAAUUGUUGAUCAUCCCUACAUCACAGCGAUCCCGGCCAACGCAUUCCGUGGCAUCACCAGCGACGUGCUGACAGUGAUGCUGUAUGGAAAUGGCUUCAGAGAAAUCCAACAUUAUGCCUUCAAUGGGACCAAGCUAGAUCAAGUAGACCUUCACAGGAAUAAGUAUCUUAACAAGAUGGAUGAAAGGGCUUUUGCCGGCACCGUCAGCGGCCCCAUGCUUCUAGACGUGUCGCUGACAGGGAUCACCUCCCUGCCAACCACAGGUAUGGAUUCUCUACGCGAGUUGAAGGCGCGCAAUACCUGGGCACUCAAGAAACUGCCGCCCAUCAAAACCUUCAAGCACCUCACCAUCGCCAGCCUCACCUACCCCAGCCACUGCUGCGGCUUCAAAAACCUCAAAAAGAAACGAGGCUUUUUGGAAUACAUCAUCUGUAACCUGACUGCCUUCUACGACCAGCAUCACAAGCGCUCGGUGGGGCCCCUUGGCAUGCCUUCCCUCCAAGGGGACAGCGUGGUGGAACCAGUGCCGGACCAGGAGCCGAAUGACGGGAGCCACAGAGAGUCCGACCACUGGAGAAGAGGUGACUUUCAUGGAAGCCUCCACUACCACACCUACUUUGGGGGGCAGCCAAAUGAAGAUGUGGGUUUCGGAGAGACCCUCAAGAACCCCCAGGAGGACACCAGCCAAGACUUUGACAGUCGUUAUGAUUACGUGGUGUGUGAGGACGGCGAGGAGGUGGCGUGUGCGCCGGUGCCAGAUGAGUUCAACCCUUGUGAGGACAUCAUGGGUUUUGGCUUUCUGCGAGUGUCUGUGUGGUUUGUGAGUCUGCUGGCGGUUCUGGGAAAUGUGGCGGUGCUCCUGGUGCUGCUCACCAGCCACUACAAGCUCUCUGUUUCCCGCUUCCUAAUGUGUCACCUGGCCUUUGCCGAUCUGUGCAUGGGGAUUUAUCUGCUGCUCAUCGCCUCAGUGGACCUACACACGCGAGCCGAGUACUUCAACCACGCUAUAGACUGGCAAACGGGUCCCGGCUGUGGACUCGCUGGGUUUUUAACAGUUUUCGCAAGCGAGUUGUCUGUCUACACCUUGACGGUGAUCACUCUGGAGAGGUGGUACGCCAUCACCUUCGCUAUGCGGCUGGAUCGGAAGCUGCGUCUGUACCAUGCGGCAGCUGUGAUGCUGGGCGGCUGGAUCUUCUGCCUCCUGCUGGCCCUGCUCCCGCUAGUCGGGCUGAGCAGUUACCAGAAGGUCAGCAUCUGUCUACCGAUGGACACCCAGUCCACGGUGGCUCAGGUCUUCAUCUUGUCCGUGCUAGUGCUCAACAUCUUGGCCUUUCUUGUCAUCUGCGCUUGCUACUUCAAGAUCUACUGCACGGUGCACAACCCUCACUACCGCUCCGGAUCCAAAGAUACCAACAUCGCCAAGCGCAUGGCUGUGCUCAUCUUCACCGACUUCUUGUGCAUGGCGCCAAUCUCCUUCUACGCCAUGUCCGCCGUGCUGGACCGGCCGCUCAUCACUGUAUCCAACUCCAAGAUUUUAUUGGUACUGUUCUACCCGCUCAAUUCCUGCGCCAACCCGUUCCUCUACGCCAUCUUCACCAAGGCCUUUAGGGGGGACAUAUUUAUCCUCCUCAGUAAGGUGGGCCUCUGUCAGCAGCGAGCGCAGCUGUUUAGAGGCCAGACGGUCUUGUCAAAGGGCAGCAGUGGGACAUCUCAGAUUCGUAGAGACAAGGUUAAGAAAGGUGGAAGCAGAGGCCAGGACGAGGUGCCCAUCCACCUGAAGAAGUGCUCCGGACAUACCUGCAAUCAAGCCGUCUGCCAGCAGACGAACCAUGAAGAGACCCAGAGCCUGAAGACGUGAACCAAACACCCGCUUGACGUAGUAAAGCAAGACAGGUUCAGGUGGGAGAGGAGAGGCCUUUAAGUGUUUGUGGACAUAUCUGUUUGGAUAUUUAACAGAAAGCACCAGUAUUCUGUAUCUGCUUUAGUUUUUCAGGCCAAGUUCAGCUGUUUUCACAAUUUGGGCUUGGAGGAUUUUAUGGUUCCAGUUGUUGGAGAAUAUCAAGUGUCUCUGAAAUGUGAGCCGACUUCAUCCACCUUAUAGUGCUUUGUAUUUGGAGGGACAGGCUAGGAAAGAACAGAUUAUUUUAGGAAAUAUAGUAAAGAUUAAAA